GGAGGAGACCAAACUGUCAUGAGACAAACGUGACAGGCCGUUUGCCGUCGCUUUUUAGCUCUUGAAUCAGUGUUUUACGUGUACAUUUGACGGUCAUGUUCUGAAUACAGAUAGAGUUGUAUGUAUUUUUUAUAACGGAUAGUAACGUUUGUUCCACGCCCGUGUUUCGCGGUGAGCUCGGCUGUAACCUUGGCGUGCAUGAGUGUGUUUUUCUGUAAGUGACACAAAACAAAACAUGUCGGGUGUCUGUCGCAGUUUGAGCUCCUUCUCAGGAAAGAUCCUGACGGAAGCUCAACUUUUGUCACCGUCACUGUGCCCGUGGUUUGUGUCUGCACGCAGCAAAUUUACGAAAUCAAGACUCCCACCAGAGUUUCUUGCUGAGAGAUCACAGGAUCAUGAGAAGUACAGAGGCGAUCCAGACCAACCUCAUAAACUACACAUCGUGACACGAGUCAAAAGUGUGUUGAGAAGACCAUACUGGGAGAAAGAGUUGGUGAAACACCUGGGGCUAGAGAAGGCACAUGUACCCGUGAUUCACAAAAAUACACCUGCAGUCAACAGCCAGCUGAAAUUUGUAAAGCACCUUGUAAGGAUCCAGCCGCUGAAGACGCCCUACGGACUCCCUGCUGAACAGGACAUGGCUGACAGCUUCAUCAACAGCAAAGGAGAGCUGAUUGUUCGUCGCCUGCUCCAACCUGCAGAACCCAAAGCUAUUGAAUCUUAGCUCUGCUUUAAAUCGUGUCAGUUUUUCAUCAGUACCAUGAGAAAUCCUGGGCUCAAUAGCGUACACCAAGUCUGUGCUCCAGAUUUGAGCUAGUUCUGGGUUUACUCAGUGGUCUGAUUUGUAUCAAGUUUGUUUUUGUCUACCAAUUGUUAAAAACAAUUUACAUGCCAACUUGCCAGUCUGUGUCACACAUGGAGCUGUUACAGUUGUAAUCUGUUCUCUCUAACAGUUUAGCAACAUGUGAUAGUUCGAACUCUUUAUUAAACAUGACUGGAAAAAGCUCAACAUAAAUUAAAGACCUUUAGAAAUGAG